AUGGUCAACACCACCUCUGAAAUCCUUUUUGAGGGGACAGAGCCAUCUCAAAUGUGUGAGCAGCCGAGCCUGAUCCACUCCCAGGAUUUCACCUCCCCUCCUCUUUCCCCUCCUGGCUUUGCAGGCACAGCUGCUGAGAGCCCAGGGGGGUCCCUUCGCCUGGUGGGGGGCCCUGGCCGCUGCGCCGGGCGGGUGGAAGUGCUCCAUAACGGGACAUGGGGAACAGUGUGCGACGACGGCUGGGGUUUCCCCGAGGGCCAGGUCGUCUGCCAGCAGCUGGACUGCGGGACAGUGCUGUCGGUGGCACCAGGAGCUCGGUAUGGAGAAGGGACGGGGAAGAUCUGGUUGGACGAGGUCAGCUGCACCGGGCGGGAAAGGAACCUCUCUGAAUGCCAAGCCAGGCCAUGGGGGGAACACAACUGUCAACACGUGGAGGAUGCCAGCGUUGAGUGCUCAGACUCCAGCAUCACCGCCCUAGGCACCCUCCAGCUGCUCAACGGCCCAAAUCGCUGUGCCGGGAGGGUGGAGGUGCUCCACAACCACAUGUGGGGGACAGUCUGCGACGACGGCUGGGACCUGGUGGAUGCAGCGGUGGUGUGCCGGCAGCUGGGCUGUGGCACGGCGCUGUCGGCCACCAGCGGGGCUCGCUUUGGGAGAGGCCACGAUCCCAUCUGGUUGGACGAGGUGAACUGCACUGGCACCGAGGACACCCUCUUCGACUGCCGGGCCAGUGCGUGGGGGGAAAACAACUGCUUCCACGGGGAGGAUGCUGGACUUCAGAUGUCCGUGGCUGCCGAUCUCCGCCUGGCCAACGGCUCGACGCACUGCGAAGGCAGGGUGGAGGUCACCCACAACGGCACCUGGGCAGCCCUGUGUGACGAGGGCUGGGGUCUGGAUGAGGCUCGAGUGGUGUGCAGGCAGCUGCGCUGCGGGAGAGAGGUGUCGGCACCUGGCGGGUCGCAUUUUGGGCAAGGACCCGGGCAAAUGUGGCCCAACAGCGUGAGCUGUGUCGGCACGGAGAAUGCCCUCUCUGCAUGCAAGGUGAAGCUUCGGGGCAAUGGCACUUGUCCCCAUGGGAGAGAAGCUGGCGUGGUGUGCACAGGUAACUCAGAGGGUGAUCAGGUCCGACUGGUGAAUUAUGGCAGCCGCUGCGCUGGCAGGGUCGAGGUCUUCCAUAACAAGCAGUGGGGGACCGUGUGCGAUGACAACUGGGACCUGCUGGACGCCGAGGUUGUCUGCCGGCAGCUGGAGUGUGGGCGAGCGCUGUCAGCCCCCGGCGGGGCUCAGUUCGGGCGUGGGGAUGGCAUCAUCUGGAUGGACGAGACGAGCUGCACGGGGAAGGAGAGCACGCUGUCUGCCUGCCAGGCCCGGCAGUGGGGCAUGAAUAAUUGCUACCAUGGGGAAGAUGCUGGUGUGGUUUGCUCAGGUGACCAAAUCUCCUGUGGCAUCACUCCACGCCACGCAGCGGGGUGUGGUGGGGCCGGGGGCGGGGGGAGUGUCAUGAUGGCAGGUCUGCACCCCCAGCACCUUGAAGAGGGGCUGGGAGCUUCAUCGCAACAGGACUCAAUCAUCCCUGAGCCGGCUCAUCUCCGGCUGGCAAACGGCUCGCACCGCUGCGCUGGCAGAGUCGAAGUGCUUCACCAGGAGGAGUGGGGAGCCGUCUGCGACCAUGGCUGGGAUAAGCAGGACGCUGAGGUCGUGUGCCGGCAGCUGGGCUGCGGGAUGGUGCUGCCGGCAUUGGAGGGCGCAGACUUCGGCACCGGACCCCCACGCAUCUGGCUGGACAAUGUGAACUGCCAGGGGAUGGAGACAGCCCUUACGAAAUGCCGGGCGAGCCCGUGGGGAGAGAGUAGCUGUGACCACGGGAAGCACGCCAGCGUGGUAUGCUCAGACUUCGGCACCGGACCCCCACGCAUCUGGCUGGACAAUGUGAACUGCCAGGGGAUGGAGACAGCCCUUACGAAAUGCCGGGCGAGCCCGUGGGGAGAGAGUAGCUGUGACCACGGGAAGCACGCCAGCGUGGUAUGCUCAGGCUCGGAUGUUUCCAGCCUUGCCCCAGUCCGGCUGAUGGAUGGCCCAGGUCGCUGCGCUGGGAGGGUCGAGGUGUUUCACAAUGAGAAAUGGGGGACGGUGUGCGACGACAGCUGGGACUUCGCUGACGCCAAAGUGGUGUGCCGGCAGCUGGACUGCGGGAUGGUGAUAUCGGCUCCACGGCGGGCUUCCUUCGGGCAGGGACAGGGACCCAUCUGGUUGGACGAUGUGCGCUGCAUGGGGACCGAGGCAGCCCUCUCUGAAUGCAGAGCCAAGGGCUGGGGUGUCCACGGAUGUGAGCACGGAGAAGAUGCCGGUGUGGUGUGCUCAGGAUCGGGCAUUUCUGACCUCGGAAACCUCCGCCUGGUGAAUGGCUCAGACUCGUGCUCCGGGAGAGUUGAAGUGUUUCAUGAUCAGCGCUGGGGGGGCAUCUGCGCCGAAGGCUGGGACCUGGCCGAAGCCAACGUGGUGUGUUGGCAGCUGGGCUGUGGGAAAGCACACUCGGCCACCGGGUCUACCCAGUUUGGGACAGGAGAUGGCCUGAUCUGGGUGGAUGCUGUGGACUGCACUGGGAUGGAAGCGGCCCUCUUCGAAUGCAAGGUCAAGCUCUGGGGUACCAAGAGCUGCAAGUCAAGGGCACACGCAGGCACCAUCUGCUCUGCAGCCGCAGACUUGGACCUGGGGAGCCCAGAAGUCCUGCAGCUGGUGAACGGCCCCCACCGCUGUGCUGGGAGGGUGGAGGUCUUUCACAGCCAGCAGUGGGGAACCAUCUGCGAUGACAGCUGGGACCUGAGCGACGCAACUGUGGUGUGCCGGCAGCUGGGCUGUGGGACGGCCGUGUCAGCCCCAGGUUUAUCUCAUUUUGGGCAAGGAUCUGGCCCCAUCUGGUUAGAUGGGGUGAGGUGCCACGGGACAGAAGCCACCCUCAUCGAAUGCCUGGUCAGUCCUUGGGGACAGCACACAUGUAGCCACAUGGAAGAUGCCAGCGUUGUGUGCUCAGGCUCAGGUGUCGCCAGCAUUUCUAAGCUUCGCCUUGUGGGUGGUUUGAGUGAGUGUGUCGGGAGGGUCGAGGUGUUUCAUAACAACGAGUGGGGGACGGUCUGCGACGACAACUGGGACCUGCGUGAUGCAGAAGUGGUCUGCCGGCAGCUGGGCUGCGGGGUGGCCCUCGCGGCCCUCAACUCAGCUCCGUUUGGGCGGGGAGCCGGCCCCAUCUGGCUGGACGACGUCAGCUGCACGGGGGAGGAAACAGACUUCUUCGACUGCCAAAGCAAGACAUGGGGCAUCCACAACUGCCACCACGGGGAGGACGCCGGCGUGACGUGCUCAGCAGGAAACUCCAGCUCCACUGUCCUGCAGCUGGUGGAUGGGCCACACCGCUGUUCCGGGAGGGUGGAGGUGCUCCACGCCGGGCAGUGGGGGACGGUCUGUGGCAACAGCUGGGACCUGAAUGACGCGGCAGUGGUGUGCAGGCAGGGGACGGGACACAUCUGGCUGGAUGACGUGAGCUGCACCGGGAGGGAGGAGACCCUCACCCAGUGCCGAGCCCGUCCCUGGGGACAGAGUAACUGCAGCCAUACAGAAGACGCCGGCGUGAUGUGCUCAGACACCAGCACAACCAAAACAUCGACUGUUCGGCUCAUGGACGGCCCGCAUCGCUGCGCCGGGAGGGUGGAAGUCUUUCACGAAUGGCAAUGGGGGACGGUCUGUGACGAUGGCUGGGACCUGAGCGCCGCGGGGGUGGUGUGCAGGCAGCUGGGCUGCGGGGUGGCCGUGGCGGCCCUGGGAAGGGCUCCCUUUGGGAGGGGGCUGGGUCCCAUCUGGAUGAGCAUGGUCACCUGCAUCGGGAGGGAGAACUCGCUCAAGGAGUGUCGGACCAGGCCCUGGGGAAUCAGCCGCUGCACCCAUGAAGAGGACGCUGCCGUGAUCUGCUCAGGUGAUGCUCAUUCCUCUGAGGUGCCUGAGGUGGCAGAGGUCCGUCUGGCAGACGGACCUAACCGCUGCGGCGGGAGGGUGGAGGUGCUCCACGCCGGGCAGUGGGGGACGAUCUGCGAUGACAUCUGGGACCUGAAGGACGCAGAAGUGGUGUGCAGGCAGCUGGGCUGCGGCAGAGCUGAGGCAGCCCCCGGCCGGGCUCGCUUCGGGCAGGGGAUGGGGCACAUCUGGCUGGACGACGUGAGCUGCACCGGGAACGAGGACAACCUCGCCCAGUGCCGAGCCCAGCCUUGGGGACAUACUAACUGCAACCACAGAGAAGAUGCCGGCGUGGUGUGCUCAGAUGCCAAUGUCACGGAGGAGACGCUGGUCCGCUUGGCCGAUGGCCCGAACCGCUGUGCCGGGAGAGUGGAGGUGUUUCAUCAACAGCAGUGGGGGACCAUCUGCGACGACAGCUGGGAUUUGAAUGAGGCCAAGGUGGUCUGCCGGCAGCUGGGCUGCGGGACAGCCGUGUCGGCCCCGGGCCAAGCUCGCUUCGGGCACGGAGUGGACCCCAUCUGGCUGGACGACGUGGAGUGCACCAGCACAGAGAGCACCUUCUCCCAGUGCAACCUUAGGAGCUGGGGACUCCAUAAUUGCAACCAUGAUGAAGACGCGGGAGUCGUGUGCUCAGGCACAAACCCCUCGCGCGUGCGGGUGCAGGACGGCCACGGUCCCUGCGAUGGGCGAGUGGAGGUGCUCUACAACGCUACCUGGUACGGGGUGUGCAGCAGCGAAUGGAGCUUGCUGGAAGCUGAGGUGGUCUGCAGGCAGCUGGGCUGUGGGCCAGCCCAGUCGGCACCUGACGGAGCCCAGCUCGGCUGGGAGGGCAGCGGUGCCUUGCUGGAAGAGCUGAGCUGCUUGGGGAGCGAGUCACUGCUCCUGGAGUGCCAGCAGAGAACGACUGCCCGCCAGCACCCCAUGGACCAGAGCACUUCAGGAACAUCCUUCCAGCCCAUGGGGGCCAUCUACCUCCCCACCAAGGCAGAGGCUCCCGAGGACGCCGACACCGAGACGACGCAGCUCAUGAAGGAAGACGCAGCCCCCUGA